AUGGCGAAAGUCGAAUCUUACAAUGAAAAUAAGAGAACUCUGGGCAUUGAGGCUCGUGUUUAUCUUGAUUGCAAAGGUGUUCGUGGUUUCGCGGAACUAUAUGAUCGUUUCAAAACUUUAAACGGCAGUCGCGUCCUUCUGAUCCAGCGCCUGGGCACGGAUUUAAACCGAAUCAGACGAGCUCACCCGGGUCAUAGUCUGUUGCAUGUAGAUGCUCUCAAACUUUGCCUGAAAACGUUUACACGUAUUUGGUCUCUCCAUGAUCGCAGUUGGAUGCAUCGGAACAUUAAUCCGAGCAAUUUUGUUGUUGGACAGCCUCAUUCGGAUUUUGAUGACCAAAUUUUCAUAAUUGACUUUGGAUUAGCACGGCGGUGCCGGGAAAAGUCACGUCCAUUCGGAGCAUGUCCAAUUGUAGGCUCUGAUGCCUACAGGCCGAUUUCAAAUUACAGCCGGGUGGAGUACCAGCCAAAAGACGACAUCGAAUCUUGGUUCUAUAUGUGUCACGAAUUCUUUAAUGGUAAUUUGCCCUGGGACAAGCUUCCGCACAACUUUACAGUCGAUUUCAAGGUCCAUUGCCGCGGUUUGGGGCGUGAUUUGUUGCUGACUAAUAUGCCUGUCGUGUUUGAUGAGAUCUUAGAGGCCAUCAACUCCUCAAAGACAAAUGUUGACUAUUUUCGGAUUUCGGCGCUUCUGAAGGCUGAACUUGCGAAGCUGAGUCUGGAACAGUUGAAUGAGCCAUUCAGUUGGAAAAAAGAUCCAAGAAUUGUAUACCGUGCUUACAAGAUUGAACAAGGAUGGAAGUGA